AUGUCCUGCGCCCAACACAACGGCCCAUUCCCAACCGAGGCCGGCAAAACACUCACAUCUGUCUACGCCAACGACCCUUCCACCACAGGCGCCCUCCUCCAGUCCAUCAUCGAGCGCGAUGGCGCUGUCAUAGUAAAAGGUCUAGUGGACGCAGAGCUCUGCAACAGAGUAAGAAAGGAACUUAAGCCGCAGUUUGACUCUGACCGAGUCGACGAAUCCGGCUUCUUCCCCACCACCACAAAGAGAGCCCAUGGUAUUCUCGCAUAUUCUGACGCAACGGCCGAGUUGCUCGUGAACCCACUAUUCCAGUCCGUCGCCAAUGGCAUGUUGACGAGCAACUACACCUAUUGGGAGGGCCAGGGGAAGAAGACGGUUUCCGCAAAGCCACAAAUUGCAAGUAUCGUCGGGUUCCGUGUAGAGCCUGGUGGCACACAGCAAGCUUUGCACCGCGACGAUGCAGACUAUCAUACUCGGAAUUGCGAUAUGCCUGUAAUGCUGGGCUGCGUAACGGCUUUAACAAAGACGACCAAAGAAAACGGGGCGACGAUUGUUAUUCCCAAGAGCCAUCUGUGGGGUCCGGACCGCAUGCCCCUCAACGAAGAAGCCAUCCCUGCGGAGCUCGAAGUAGGCGAUGCCACAAUUUUCGUUGGAAACGUCUACCAUGCCGGCGGGGCGAAUAUUACCAAGGACGAUGCUCGUGAAACCAUCGGCAUGUUCCUCUGCAAAGGCACCCUCCGCCAGGAAGAAAACUCCUACCUCGAAGUGCCACCGGAAUUAGCCAAGAAGAGAGGAUUCUCACCACAGGUAUUGCGCCUCCUGGGCUAUGGUAUUGCCCCGCCGGCGCUAGGGCUGUACCAGUAUCAGGAUCCGAUGAGGGUUAUAUUCGGCGUUGACGACGAAGAGACGGUCAAGAAAUAG